GUCAGAGAGCACUAACGUCCAACGAUUUCCAUUUUCGCUUCGCGUCACCGCUCACCGGCGGCUCACACCAGCCGCCGCACGCACGCCGUCGCAGCGUACGGCCUCCAAGCCCACCGCCGCCCAGUGCUGGCCUCCUCUUCGUCCAUGGCGGCUUCAGUGCGAGGCGGCCUGGUAGUCCCGCUCCCGCCUCCGCUCGCUUCCCCGCGCCGCCUCGCCCCGUCCCCGCGGAGGCGCCGCCGUCGCCUCCCCAGGGUCCGCGCGGCUGCGGUGGAGCCCGUCGAGGUGGUGGGCGUCGGGAGCCGGAAGGACGCCGUCAUCGACUUCUGCCUCGGCUCGCGCACCCUCUCCUCCACCCCGAUCCGCUUCUGGACAGUACACGUGGAUAAUUCUGAAGUGCAAUUCAUACCGAGAAUUCGGGAUACAGAGACAGCAGUUGGAGACUUGGAACGCCCCUUAUCUCUUCAUCCUUGCCCGUCGGCGGUUAUUAUUGUUGCAAGUGCCGGACAGGAGGCUGAUCAAAUUGCUGCACUGGAGCUUCUCAGUGCUACCAAAUCUGCCGAUAAUCUGGCUGCAUCAAUAUUUUUGAAGCCCUUUUGUUUCGAGGGACAAAGACGGCAAUUGGAGGCAUCUGAUUUGAUUGUUAAAUUUCAAGCAUGCUCGAAUUUUCACAUUGUUAUUGAAGCUGAUUCACUGCUUGAGACGGAAGUGGAAACUCUUGCUGAAGCUAUGGAAAGUGCCAAUAAUGCUGUCCUCUCAACUAUUAGUAUGAUAUCCAUCAUGAUGUCGGGAUUUAAUCAAAUGUUCUGGAGCUCCCUUGAUGCACAAAUUAAGGAAGUUGAUCCUGAGGAAGUAGGCAAACUACUCAAAAGCUAUGGGGAAGCUAGGGUUGGAUUUGGUGCUGGUUAUAAUGUCCAAUCAGCUAUUAAACAGGCUGUUCUUCACUGUCCAUUUCUUCGUGGUGGCAUAAAGGACUUGAACAAUGUUGUUUUUCUCUCGCUUACAACUUCCCGGGUAUUGGCUCAGAGUGAUAUGAUCUCCAUUCUACACAUCUUUCGUCGAGUUACUGGGUUCACUAAGGACAUUAUAUUUUCUAGAAAUUCUGAACCUGAUCUAGAGCCAAAACUCAUAGUAGUUUCUCUUCUAACAAUUCGAAAUACCCGUGAUGAAAAUGUUGCCUCAGUAAAGGAGGGGUUUCUUCUGAGCAUGGCUUUGCAUUUUCCUUUUAUAUCAUCUCUUAUGGGAGGAGAUACUCAGGAGCUUAGACAAGCUCGGUUAAAUCACUCAUUCAGCCAAUUGCCUGACAUUGGAUUGAGCUUAGCGGAUCAAGGAUUGCCAGAACAUUUCAGUGUUUCUAAUGAUGCUACUGUUUCUAAUUUACGUUCUGACAAAAUAGAAUAUAUCAAAUCUGAGAGGGAAUCUGAUAACAAUAAUGGGAGAAUACAUCCAGAGUUUAAAGGAGCUAAUUUAGAGUCUGAUGGAGAAACUAGUAUAGAUGUUGGCAGAGAGGAUCCAAGUUCACAACAGGAGCGUAAUUUCUGGAGUAAUGCCCCUGCCUUUGGUAUUGCACAAUUGUGGGCUAAAGAGAGGACCACAACAGGUAGAAGCAAUAAAAGGAAUGAGCUCGAUUAUAUCACUCUGCCUGUUGGUGUAAAAUCUCUUGAGGUUCAGUAUGAUCAUUCUCCAAAUACACAGCCUGAAACCCGUAAUGCUACCAAUAGCACACCUCUAUCUACUGGGCAUGCUGUCUCUGGAACCUCACUUUCUGGUGUUGGUUUGGAGAAAGUGAUGGAGAUAUGUAGUUCUGCAGCGGCAUUUCUAAAGGGCAGAAUGGAUAAAUCUCGAAAACGUGGCUCUGCUGCCAGCCGAGCUGCAUCGAUGCUCCACGCAGAAAGAGAACCCGAGAAAACAUGGAGCCCAAUAGUUGAAAUACAGUUUGGAGAAGGGACUUACAGAGGGAGAUGCCAAGAAGGUGUCCCUGAAGGAAAGGGACGCUUAACCUACAGUGAUGGUAGCAUCUAUGAUGGGCUCUGGAAGUAUGGCAAGAGAUCCGGUUUGGGAACGCUUUAUUACAGCAAUGGUGAUGUGUUUCAUGGAACUUGGAGGGACGAUCUUAUUCAUGGAAAGGGUUGGUACUAUUUUCACAGUGGUGAUCGUUGGUUUGCGAAUUUCUGGAAGGGGAAGGCUAAUGGCGAGGGAAGAUUCUAUGCCAAGGAUGGGAGUAUACUCUUUGGCCAUUUUCAAAAUGGAUGGCGUCAUGGAGAGUGCCUGUUGAUAGAUGGGAACGGAUCAAGGUGGCUUGAAGUUUGGGACGAGGGUGUACUUACCGGACGGACUAAAUUGGAAGAAUAGGAUUCUGGUUUCUCCGGACGUCAUUGGCAAUGCCUUGCUGCUUAAAACAGGGAGAGCCAUGCUUCAAAUGCUGUAAGACACCAUGGUUCCCCGCUGGAAGCUUUGUUGAAUGAUGAGGCGAUUGCACCAAUUUUUCAAAGCUUGUGCGCUGCACUGGUUGCCGGUUACCCCCUAGAGGUAUGGGAGAGGGUUUCCUUCAUACUUAUGUUGUUGAAAUUGGGGAAGAGCAUCGCAAAUUCACAGGCACAAGUGCACCAAACAAGAAGUAGGCCUGCAGAUUCAUUUCAUUUUGUUGAUAGGCGCCGUAUGUUUCUUCUCUGAUUAGCUAGGCUCUGUGCAUAGAUGAAGAAGCCCUUGUCACCCACAUUUAUUUCCACUUGGAUACUGGAGUUUCCACAAAACCGGGCAAUGUCGCCUGUAUGUGUAUAUAUGGUGUCCACUCUACAUUCCGAUGAUCAUCUUCUUAAGUUUAUUCAUCUCUUGACGGUUCA